AAUGCUGUACAGCGAUUUCAAAUCCCAGGUUGUCUGUGACAUGGAGACGGUUAUACUUACCCGGAGACUAGCGUUUGUUUUAUUACCACCAACUGGACACCGGUGCAAUCUGAGGUAGCUAGACGGUUGUCGCGACAGUCGGGGGCCGAUGUGGCCGUCCGUGAGAAGGGGAGUUCACGGUUGAUGGUCCUUACUCUAAUAAACUUUAACCGAAGGCUCCCGAAGUUUUUCCCUUCACUGAGACAUUGACAAAAAAAGAAAAAAAUAAUCAGCAGCCCGCCCACCUGUCGAUGUAGUUGUUGUAGCUGGGGGCAAGGGCUGUCGGCACCGCGUAUACUCCUACCUUCCCUCGCGAGUUCGAAACCAUUUUAAAAAAACACCUCAUUGGUGCUCGCCAUCCAACAUAGCUCUGUUGACGUAACCGUGAUACGUGGCAUCACAGCCCCCGUGGACCCGUGUAAAUGAACGUUGGGUGACUGACAGUGACAGUCAACCCCCUAACUAGCCGCCUGUUAUCAACGAGGAGUGAGAUGCACUGCUUGUCAUCGUCAUACUUUGCUACAGAUGCAUAUUAGAAACACAUGUUACUCAAAGGCAAAAUUAAGGGACGAUACCAUUCGCCUCCGUCCGUCAAACCACCACUUGCGCGACUCCCCUGUGUACAAUGGACCCUACCCGCGCCUCUCUCCCUUCUGGUAAAUGCACCCGACCGUCCUGUGACGUACUUCCGUUACUUGACGAGCAUUGUGACUGCAGACAUACAGCGAAAUGAUAGAAGUCUGAGGUUGUGACCAGGGUCAACGUCUUGAUUUGUCUCCGAGAGAUGCUAAGCUUUUCCUGCGCUGUAUCGUAGUGACCACAAUAAAGCAACUGUUGGCUCAGCUGUGAAUUUCUCCUCCCAAACUUCAGCGGACUGUCCGUGUAGCCUGGACAAUAACACGUGGUGCGCUGGUAGAAGUUAUCGUGAAAUUACGGCCCCAUCCUGAAAGGAAAUCGACUUGAUUAUCAGGUUCUCGUUAUAGCACCAGGGUCAUGUCCACCAGAGAUGAAGAAGAUCAGGACUUGUGUGCAGUUUCAGUCAGACAGUACUUUAACAUAAAAGAAGAAAAAUCCAAUGUAAUUGUAGAUGAAGAGGAAGCUAUGUCUGCCAUAAACAAACCAGUGCAGGUCUCAUGUAUGCACAGCAUCAAGACUGAACCGAGGUCUGUAGGUGAUCUAAAAGAAGACAUAAAGGAUAAUGUAAUGCUUAAGACAGAAAGCCCAUUUUGUUCUAAUACAGAUAUGACAUAUUGCUCACCAAUCAGCGGUAUGCAGCUUGAAAGCAUUUACAUAAAACCUGAGGAUGCUUGGCAUAUUCCUGAAUCAAACUGUAAACAUGAGGAUGCUGUAAAAUUGGAGCUUAAUCCUCAAGGUGCCAUUUAUUGCAUUAAAACUGAGCAAGUUUCUGGUGAAGAACUUUAUCCCAUAAAAGCCGAGAGUGCUGCACACAUUGAGCAGUCAGAUUGCAGUCAUGAGAAUGCUGUGAAAGUGGAGUACCACUGCCAAGAUGUCACCUGUUCAAUUAAGACUGAGCAGGAUCCUGUGCAAUGUGCAAAGACAGAAGAACAGCUUGUAUUGAAGCAAGACGAACAAGAUCAUACUCACAUGGUGAAGUCUGAGACAGGAUGGCCUGGUCCGCAUGCAAUGUGGCAGAAUAACAUUGAUGAGAAUUGUCAAGAAAUGAGUGUUGCUAGAUGCAUAACUCCUGAGGUGACAGAUAUUAUGGGAGAAAAUCAACAACAUCAGACUCAUCCGACUGUUACUGAAGUCCCCAUUAAUACAGAAACAGAAAUCCACAAGAAACAAAAAAUGAUUCACUCUGAUUUGAAAGCUUACAAUUGUACUCCAUGUAGCGUUGUGUUAGAAAGAAUAGAUACUUUGAAAGAGCACAAGGAAACUAACAGUAGUAAGAGAUCUUACCACAAUGAUGAGAGACCUCACAAGUGUAAUGUCUGUCAUGUAGCUUUCACAAGAUUAUGGUACUUAAAACAGCACAUGGUGACUCACAGUGACUUGAGACCUCACCAGUGUACUGUAUGUCAUGUAGCUUUCAAAAGAUUAGAUAACCUAACAAAGCACAUGGUGACACACAGUAAUGAGAGACCUUACAGGUGUAAUGUCUGUCAUGUAGCUUUCACAAGAUUAUGUUACUUAAAACAGCACAUUAUGACUCACAGUGACUUGAAACCUCACCAGUGUACUGUAUGUCAUGUAGCUUUCAAAAGAUUAGAUACCCUAAACAAGCACAUGUUGACACACAGUAAUGAGAGACCUUACAAGUGUAAUGUCUGUCAUGUAGCUUUCAAAAGAUUGGGUCCUCUAAACAUGCACAUGGUAAUGCACAGUGAUUUGAAACAUUACCAGUGUAGUGUAUGUAAUGUAGCUUUUAAAAGAUUAAAUUGUCUAAAAGAUCACAUUGCGACCCACAGUGAUGAGAGACCUCACAAGUGUUCUGUCUGUAAUAUAGCUUUCAAAACACGUCGUAACCUAAAACACCACGUGUUGACUCACAGUAAUGUUAGACUUCACCAGUGCAGUAUCUGUAAUAGUGCUUUUAGGGUCUCAAAGGAUUUAAAAAAACACAUGUUGAUUCACAGUGAUGUGAAACCUCACCCGUGCAGCGUAUGUAGGAAAUCGUUUAGGUGGUCAUCUGAGAUGAAAAGGCACAUGCUUACCCACAGGGAUGUGACCUCACCAGUGCCAUCUGAGGUUUUUGUUAUAGCACCAAGGACAGAGACCCCAGAGAUGAAGAACCUCAGGACUUGUGUCCAGAUUCAGUCAGACAGUACUUUAACAAUAAAAGAAGAAAAUCCCAAUGUAAUUGUUCUUGAAGAGGAAGCUAUGUCUGCCAUAAACAAUCCAGUGCAGGUCUCGUGCAUGCGCAGCAUCAAGACUGAACCGAGGUCUGUAGCUGAUCUACAAGAAGACCUAAAGGAUAAUGUAACGCUUAAGACAGAAAACACAUUUUGUUCUGAUGCAGAUAUGACAUAUUGCUCACCAAUUAGCUGUAUGCAGCUUGAAAACAUUUCUGCUCCAGCUUACAUAAAACCUGAGCAUACUUGGCAUAUUCCUGAAUCAAACUGGAAACAUGAGGAUGCUGUGAAAUUGGAGCUUAAUCCUCAAGGUGUCAUUUAUUGUAUUAAAACUGAGCAAGUUCCUGAUGAAGAACUUUAUCCCAUAAAAUCCGAGAGUGCUGCACACAUUGAGCAGUCAGAUUGCAGUCACGAGAAUGCUGUGAAAGUGGAGUACCACUGUCAAUAUGUCACCUGUUCAAUUAAGACUGAGCAGGAUCCUGUGCAAUGCGCAAAGACAGAGGAGCAGCUUGUAUUUAAGCAAGAAGAACAAGAUCAUACUCACCUUGUGAAGUCUGAGACAGGGUGGCCUUGUCAGCAUGCAAUGUGGCAGAAUAACAUUGAUGAGAAUUGUCAAGAAAUGAGUGUUGCUAGAUGCAUAACUCCUGAGGUGACAGAUAUUAUGAAAGAACAUCAACAUCAGACUCAUCCGACUGUUACUGGAGUCCCAAUUAAUACAGAAACAGAAAUCCACAAGAAACAAAUGAUGAUGGACUCUGAAUUGAAAGCAUACAAUUGUACUCCAUGUAACGUUGUGUUAAAAAGAAUAGAUACUUUGAAAGAGCACAAGGAAACUAACAGUAAUAAGAGAUCUCACCACAGUGAUGAAAGACCUCACAAGUGUAAUGUCUGUCAUGUAGCUUUCACAAGAUUAUGUUACUUAAAACAGCACAUGUUGAUUCACAGUGAUGUGAAACCUCACCAGUGUACUGUAUGUCCUUUAGCUUUCAAAAGAUUAAAUCACCUAAAAGUGCACAGGGUAAUUCACAGUGAUGAGAAACCUCACCAGUGUACUGUAUGUCCUUUAGCUUUCAAAAGAUUAGAUUCUUUAAAACUGCACAUGUUGACCCACAGUAAUGUUAAACCUCACCAGUGCAGUAUCUGUAAUAGUGCUUUUAAGGUCUCAAAUGAUUUGAAAAAACACAUGUUGAUUCACAGUGAUGUGAAACCUCACCAGUGUACUGUAUGUCCUUUAGCUUUCAAAAGAUUAGCUGCUUUAAAACGGCACAUGGUGACCCACAGUAAUGUUAGACCUCACCAGUGCAGUAUAUGUAAUAGUGCUUUUAAGGUCUCAAAUGAUUUGAAAAAACACAUGUUGAUUCACAGUGAUGUGAAACCUCACCAGUGUACUGUAUGUCCUUUAGCUUUCAAAAGAUUAGAUUCUUUAAAACUGCACAUGUUGACCCACAGUAAUGUUAAACCUCACCAGUGCAGUAUCUGUAAUAGUGUUUUUAAGGUCUCAAAUGAUUUGAAAAAACACAUGUUGAUUCACAGUGAUGUGAAACCUCACCAGUGUACUGUAUGUCCUUUAGCUUUCAAAAGAUUAGAUUCUUUAAAACUGCACAUGUUGACCCACAGUAAUGUUAGACCUCACCAGUGCAGUAUCUGUAAUAGUGCUUUUAAGGUCUCAAAUGAUUUGAAAAAACACAUGUUGAUUCACAGUGAUGUGAAACCUCACCAGUGUACUGUAUGUCCUUUAGCUUUCAAAAGCUUAGCUGCUUUAAAACUGCACAUGGUGACCCACAGUAAUGUUAGACCUCACCAGUGCAGUAUAUGUAAUAGUGCUUUUAAGUUGUCACGUUAUUUAAAAGAACAUAUGGUGACCCACAGUGGUAAGAGACCUCACCAGUGUUCAGUCUGUCAAGUAGCCUUUAAAACAACUCAUGCUCUAAAAAAGCACAUGGUGAAGCAUGGGGAUGUGAAACCUCACCCAUGCAGGAUAUGUAGGAAAACGUUUAGGCGACCAUUUGAUUUAAAAAAGCACAUACGUACCCACAGGGGCGUGACCUCACCAGUGCCAUCUGUGUAGAGCUAGUUCCAAGCAGAGGGCAGCAUUAAACACAACACGAUAAUUAACAGGGAUGUGAAAUCUCAUUAAUGCAGUUUAUGUGAACAACCACGUGGUAUGCUAUCGGUGAGAGACCUUAUGAGUAAAAUAUGUAAAGCUUUUUUUGUGUUUUGAGGUUCCCUGCCCAUUUAAAACAGUUCAGUAUUGUAUAAAGGUGUCUGAAUGACUCAGUUUGUCAGUGCCUUAAAUUUUCUAUACUUUGUAUUAAUCCAUGAUGUAGGAGAGAGGUGAUUUCUCUGCCAGAGAAACAGCUUGUCUUUUCAAAGAACAUGUACUGAUAUUGAUGAGUAUGUUUGUGUUCAGUGUGUACAGCCAACCCCUAAAAAUGCACAUGAUAAUUCUACAUGGACCACACUUAGCACCUUUUUGGCCUAUUUUCUCCUUUCUUUGUAUGCAUUGUCAAAGAUGUCAUGAUUUUUUCAAAAGCCAUGUAAAGCCAAGAUACACUGCACUGUACUUAGUUAUAGUUUGUAACAUGCUAUGCUAUCUCUGAUGAUUGUAAAUAAAUGAUCAGUGAGUUUACUUGUUUGGAUUCUUAUUGAUGAUAAUAACAAACAGUAUAACAGAAUAAACUGAGUCUCCACUGUGAAUUCUACUUCUUGUUUCAUUAAGACGGAAAGAUUCUAUGAUGAUACGAAGACAGAAGAGUGACAGUUUUUUUAAAUGGUUUUGCGCUUGCGAGGGAAGGUAGGAGUACAAGGUGCUGACUUUAACAAGCGGUCAGUUUUCCUUGACCCUGAGGCUGGAUUGAGAUGACAAGAAAGAACCCGAGCAAUGAAACGCCGUUCUUUAUUGUGUAUUCUGUGUAUCACGCAAACAAGUAGAAAAUGUACCUUCAACUGUGGUUUGGUGACAUGAGGACAGAUUACAUUCGGUUAAGCUUUUCAGAGGGUUUUUGUUUUGUGCUGUGUAUACGUGUAUUUUGUGUUGGUCAAAUUAAGUAAUUUUGUGUUUGAAUUGUUUUUGAAAAGCGGUCUGUGCCAAUUAUUAGGGAUUUAUAAGGACAUAAUAAUAUUGUGUAUUAUAAAAAUAUAUUAUAACAUUUACAUUAAAAAUUAUAAAAAAGCAUAGCUUUUGUGUCAAGAUAAUAUGAAUAAACAGAAGCAUUUUACAUUCAGAAUGUAUUUUCUCCAUUUUUUUCUAAGAUAUUUUAGAUUUAGAGUGGCUCUGUUUUAAAUUUACCUAGUGCUGUGUAUAGAAAUAAAAAUAAAGGAAACAAACGGAAUCAACUAUUACUGCUAAAACUUUACAAGACUGAAAUAUAUACAACGCCAUGUUGAAUUUGAGACAAUCAUUGGGAUGAAGUAAUCGGCUAUAUGGUAAUAUCUGUCACAUUUACACAUUGUGUUGUGUAUAACUACUGACUACUAGACACAGAGGUAGACAAACAAUAAAACAAAAUCGAGCUUGUUAGAAAACAAGAAAACAAUAGUUGUCAGAAAGGUUAUUUAUUAAUGCUUGGACAUGUGAUUAAUUACAGUGAGAGAGAGAGGAGCAGGAGAGUUUGCAUCAUCAAGCAAGUAUAUAUAUAUUAGCAGUGUCUCCUCAGAAUCAAGCAUCCUAUUUGUGAGAUGCUGCUGACUGGCUGCACGUGUGGCAGCGACAGACAGGGAAGCUGGUGAACUCAUGGAAUGUAUUGGAUCUCAUCAGAGGCGGUGUGACCUUUCU